AUGCCAGCAAAAAAACCCGUGAAAAAGUUUGACCGGAACAAGCAAACCAAGCUUGAAGUACUCGCCGAAGAUCUGGAAAAGACCGAAAAAGAAAGGCAACAACAAGAGGAAGCUACUGCUGAAAGUGAUGAAGAAACUGAAGAAAUUGUAGUCAAGAAAAUUGAAGCAAAGAAAGUUAUCUAUUGUCCUGAAUGUACCUAUCCAAUGGAAUAUUGCGAAUUUUCUGAUAAAUGGCCAUUAUGUGAGAAGUGGCUGGAAGCAUUUCCUGAAAAGUUGAAGGAAUUGAGAGAAUUAAGAGACCACGACAAGUACAAAGACAAAACUGUUGAUAAGAAGGUUGCAAGAGAAGUGAAGGAAAUUGUAGAAGGAAAUGUUGGAUCUUCUGACGAUAAUUCAAAAACUUCGAGUGUUUUAAAGAAUAGAGAAUUACUCAUUCGUAUUGAUAAAAGAAGUAAGCGAAAACGUUUGACACUUGUAACUGGAAUUGAUGCUUUCAUGCAAGACGCUUUUAAAGGAGAAGAAAAAGUUUUGAAGGAUGUUGUGAAACAAUUUGGUAAAAUGUUUGCUUGUGGAUGUAGCAUUGUGAAAAAGCCUGAACUCAGCAUUGAAAUUCAGGGAGAUUUUGCUGAACAAGUUGUUAAAUACUUUACAAAGGAGUUAGGUGUUGAUAUUAAUCAAAUUUAUAUCCUUGAAGACAAGAAAAAGACAAAAGCUGUCGACAAGGUAUUUUACAGUGACGAUGAGGAAGAUGAGGACGAAGGUGACGAUUAA